UUAAUUGAUUUAGACAAGAUUGGCUUUAUAACGCGCUGAUAUUUCGUUUCCUACGUAACUAUAACUACUCUUUUACUGUCAAAUAUGUUCUACUAGCCUUUAAACCUCCCUAGAAACCCCCAAUGCCCCUCAACACACACAGUCGCAUACACAUAUACUCAGUCACUCACCCCACGUGCCAUUGUUUAUCGUUUCCUACGUAACCAACUACUCUUUUAAUGUCAAAUAUGUGUUCUACUAGCCUUUAAACCUCCCAGAAAACCACCAAUGCCCCUCAAUACACACACAGUCACACACAGUCGCAUACACACAUAUACUCAGUCACUCACCCCUCGUACCAUUGUUUAUCGUUUCCUACGUAACCAACUACUCUUUUAAUGUCAAAUAUGUGUUCUACUAGCCUUUAAACCUCCCCAGAAAACCCCCAAUGCCCCUCAAUACACACACAGUCACACACAGUCGCAUACACACAUAUACUCAGUCACUCACCCCACGUGCUAUUGUUUAUCGUUUCCUACGUAACCAACUACUCUUUUAAUGUCAAAUAUGUGUUCUACUAGCCUUUAAACCUCCCAGAAAACCCCCAAUGCCCCUCAAUUCACACACAGUCGCAUACACACAUACUCAGUCACUCACCCCACGUACCAUUGUUUAUCGUUUCCUACGUAACCAACUACUCUUUUAAUGUCAAAUAUGUGUUUUAUUAGCCUUUAAACCUCCCAGAAAACCACCAAUGCCCCUCAAUAUACACACAGUCACACACACACACACUCACUCAAAAGCCACGUGCCAUUGUUUACACACACGAGUGGUGGGCGUGACGCAAGACCUCACUUCUUCACUCCUGUCAUCGUCUUCCAAGUCCUCAAACACACAACAACCCUGCCCAGCUAAGUAAGUGUGGUUCAGCCAUAGUGGAAGAUGUCAGCCGAGGGUCCGCCAGUCCACCUGCUGAGGGUGAUGCCGUGCAAGCAGGGGACAGUGAGGGCUGUCAGGUUCAAUGUGGAUGGCGGCUAUUGUCUCACGUGUGGCUCAGACAAGUCCAUAAAGCUGUGGAACCCUCACAAGGGGACCCUCCUGCACACCUACUCUGGGCAUGGCUAUGAAGUGUUGGAUGCCAGGGGCUCCAGCGACAACUCACUCAUAGGAUCGUGUGGCAUGGAUAAAUCUGUGAUGAUGUGGAACGUGAGCACAGGACAGUCACUGCAGAAGUUUCGUGGCCAUGCAGCAAGAGUGAACUGUGUCUGCUUCAACGAGGAGUCCACCGUCAUACUCUCUGGCUCCAUGGACGGCACUGUCAAGGUGUGGGACUUGCGUAGCCGCAGGAAUAAUCCCAUUCAGACACUGGAUGAUGCCAAGGAUUCUGUGAUGACGGUGAGCAUUUCAUCCCACCUGAUACUGACUGCAUCUCUUGACUGCUACACCAGAGUCUAUGAUCUGCGGAAUGGCCAGUUGACCUCAAAUUGCACUGGCGAGGGUGUGGUGUGUGCCUCUCUCAGUGGGGACAGCCAGUGCAUCCUGAGCUCCAGCUCCGGGUCCUCCCUAAGGCUCAUGGACAGGGAGACAGGGGAGCUCCUUGCCCAGUAUUCAGGUCAUAACAGUAAAAAUUAUAAGGUGGAAAGUUGCUUCACAGCCUCCGACACUCAUGUGAUGUCAGGCUCCGAGGACGGCUAUGUGUACUGUUGGGACCUCGUACAGUCCACACUCACCAACAAAUUAGAGCACCAAGGGUGUGAGGUGGUCUGCUCCCUGAGCCCCCACCCCUCCCAGCCCCUCCUGCUCACUGCCUCCCUGGGCCAAGUGUGGCUGUGGUCGGCACAUCCAGAGUCCUGAAGACAGUAUGGUAGACUCAGUUGCAUUAUGACUUCCUGCUGCAGUAAGGACGUUCCCCUGAUAGCCUUGUGUUUAUCAUAACUCUAUGAAAAGUUAAUCAGGGAGAUAGUGGGGAUGAAACUCAGAGAAUUUAUCUGAGAUGGUGAAUCAGUCUGACCAUUAUCGUCAUGUGGUCGUGGUCAUGCGAGUUGCCAACCUCAUACAAGGUGGGCCAUCAUGCUACCAUCAUUUUCCCCGAGACUUGUUUCAAGUUAUAUCCUUUAAUGGUAACCAGAGGACAGUUGUAUGUAACUAAAGAUUAUUUGAAAACAUAAUGGCAGUGGAGGAUGUCAGGUAGCUGACAAAUGAUAAGAAGGUGUGGAAAAGCAUGUGACAUAAUGAAUGCAAUAAGUCAUGAAGUCACUGUCUGAUGUAGGACCAUUGAUGAUUUGUGGAACCUUGCAUGUGGCCAUUGAUGAUGCUGUAAUCAUAACAAAUGUCGAGGGCUGAGUUGAUAAUGCUUGGAUACAAAACAAUUGGUGUUCAGGGAGGUAACCAUAGUUCUUCCAAACACCUCUGUUGGCAUGGGCUGAUACUGACUACUUGACUGAAACAGACCUUAGCUUGGAUGAAAAUGUUAGAAAGUCAACAGUAGACAGCCAGCUUGUCAUUGGCUGAAGUCUUUCCAUUGAUAUACAUGUGAAGAAAAAAAACUAUAGUACAUUUAAGUAGAAUGACGGUACCUGAAAAUCCAGUUUAUAAUGUACGUAUACUAAUAUAAUGAUUUAAAACUAAAUUUAUAAAACCCCAGAUUUUCCAAUCAUCCUAUUUAUUACCCUAACAUGAGUAAAAUAUGACAUUAGUUUCCAUGGAACAUAAAUAUUUGUGGAAAGGUCAAAUCUUUGUAAAUCAUAUCCAAAUUAGUCCUCAUGGAGCUAAAAGUAUCUAUUCAAAUGUAAAGAUAAAGUUUGGGGCAUACACUAUAGCUGCAGGUGGCCCUGGGACUUAUCUUCAUCCCACUGACCUACUGCCCACUGGCUGGGAUUUGAACCCAGGCCUGCAGAUUAGUAGCUAGGUGUACUGACCACUUCAUCUCAGGGGGGCAUUCCCCAGUAUUCAGGAGUGGUCAAAAUCUUAAGACUACCACAUAUCUUAAUGCUUAUACUAUAAUGAAAGACAAAUAUUAUUCAGGUUUUAUUUGUGCAAACUGAAUUUUCAAGACAAUAACAAACCUUUCCUAUAUAGUAUAUGAUUGAUUGAGGGUGACUGUUAGAGCAGGUGAAAUUAGGAAGACAGUAAGAAGUAUGUAACUUAUGUGCAAUAUAUAGAUACUACAAACAACUUCAGACACUGAAGUAACUAAUUACAACUAUUUUAUGACAUAAGAGUAUUGACAUUUUGAAACAGGAAGUACUGUAGAUACUGAUGCUUUUAGAGUUACUUCAAAAAUCGGCUAAAUGUUCAAUGCGCUUAAUUUCACCUGCUAGACAACCUGAACGCCAUGUUUUUAUUCACCAUUUUCACAAUACCCAAAAGUUAACGUAUGAAGCCACUGAUACUUAACAAUUUAUUUCAGUAUCUUCCUCUAGUAAUGAAAGACCAAUAGCCAGCUGGGUAGCCACUCCAGAAGCUUAAGAAACAUUGCAGCAGCUUACAGAUCAAUGCAUUCAGUAACCAACCUCUGCACCAUAUUGGCAGAAGGUAAACUUUGUCAAGAUCAAGCAUGUCAUUCAUUAUAUGCUCUGGAAAAAGCUGGUCUGUUUAAGUAUUCUUUAAUAGGCUCAUCAUACUGUACCACUGCAAGUUAUCAAGUCAACAAUAACUAAAUUUCAAGCAGCAACCCCAGCAAACAAAUCCAACCCACAAAAAAAUUCAAUAAUGUUCCAAAGAAUAUAUAUAAACACCCUCAAACAGCAUAAGCCAAAGUACUCUAGCUUGUAUUGACCGUCUUAGCCAUAUGGAAAAUUCCCCUUUUCACACACUAUAUCAACAAACAAAAGAAUAUUAAUGAAGCACAGUACUGGGAGAGGGAGGUAAGGUCUGCUGAAUAAUGCCAGUGAGUUUUGAGCAGCCCUGAGUCGGGGGUGCUGGUCCUGGGCUGGGUACUGGUGGGGGUGUAGUUUUGUCUCGAACAGAGCAUGGGGGGGGGGGGGGGGGGUA